AUGGUGGGUCCAUCUGACAUUCCUGAACAGAUCGUCAGUCUAAAUGUGGGUGGACAGCGAUUCGCCACCAGUUCACAUACGUUAACAUGGAUCCCAGAUUCGUUCUUUACAAGCCUUUUGAGUGGCCGAAUCCCGACAGUUCGUGAUGAUAGCGGUGCAAUUUUCAUUGAUCGAGAUCCUGACAUUUUCCGGAUAAUUCUCAACUAUCUGCGCACUAAGCAAGUGGACCUAAGCAAUGUUGCGCCAAGCACUCUAAAACAUGAGGCUCAGUAUUUUGGUCUAGCUCCAUUAGUUCGUCGUUUGACGCUUUGCGAGGAACUGGAUGUCUCUUCAUGUGGAUCCGUGCUGUUUCACGCCAUGAUUCCAGCACCAAAUCUACCAUUUGAACGACCUAUUGCGGAAAGAAAGACAGAAAGCAGUACAACUUCUCCCGAUAACUCAUCGCUAACAAAACAAACAGAAACCCCAAAAUCAACGUCAAGCACGGAUGCAGCGGCAUGUGGCUGCUAUAAUAAGACUACUCCAACGUCUGGAAGUUCGGCUACUACCGGUGAACGUGUGGAGGGAUGGUAUUCCAGACAUGGUAGUGGACAUAGCACCCCAAGAGUAUACGGACAUUGCAAAAAGAGCUCAUACGAGUUGGCUAGAUAUAUUCGAAACGAACUAGCACAGCUAAAACAUCAGACACGUUCGCCGUCGGAAGAUGAACUGGAUCCACUUCGUGUACGUAUUGUCAGAGCCCACCAUAAUUCGAUUAUUGUCGGAUAUGCAUACUACGCAUGCGUUUAUCGUAUGAAAGAAUCUCUGGGAUGGCAAAGUGUGUACAGUAUACCUCGAAUGGACUCUUUGAUCAAACAUGUAGCAUUGAAUACGAAAUUUGGACCGCAGAAUACCGACAGAAUGGUAGCUGUGGCGUUAGCCAAUGGAAAUAUACUUCUGUGGGCACUGGAAGAUGGUGACAACGCUGUGAAGAUUGGGACUUUUUCGUUAUCUGUGGCUGUGGAUAAGCUUUUUUUCAUCGGCAGCCAGAUGGUGGCGCUGAGCAGAACGGGGAAAGUUGGAAUAUGGCAUUCAAUGACGCACAAUUGGCAAGUACAAGAUGUCGUGGCCAUAUCUUGUUAUGAUACGGCAGGAUCGUCACUACUAUUGGGGUGCACAAAUGGUUCCAUGUAUUAUAUUGACAUGCAGAAGUUCCCUCUAAGAAUGAAAGACAACGAUUUGUUGGUUACUGAACUCUAUAAGGAUCCAAAUGGCGAUGGAAUUACGUCGAUUAGUGUUUACUUGACACCUAAAACUAAUGUUUGUGGCAACUGGAUUGAAAUCGCCUACGGCACCUCGUCUGGAGCGGUCCGUGUAAUUGUGCAGCAUCCAGAAACCGUAGGACACGGUCCACAACUGUUUCAGACGUACACAGUACAUAAUUCACCAGUUACUCGAGUAACAUUGAGCACAAAUCAUUUGAUCAGCGUUUGCUCCGAGUAUAAUCACGUACGAUCAUGGAUGGUGACGCGCUUCCGUGGAAUGAUUAGCACCCAGCCCGGAAGUACGAGUUUGGCGUCCUUUAAGGUGCUGACUCUCGAUUCCACAGAUGAUUCAGUGGACAGGGAUUAUGCUGAUCCUGGUCCGUAUGGCGAUCAAGAUGGGGAUCAAGUGUUUGUACAACGGGUUGUACCGAAUACGAAUCAGCUAUUCGUCCGACUAGCUUCUACUGGAGAGAGGAUAUGUACGAUAAGAUCGGUGGAUGGAGCGGCGAUUUCUUCAUUCACCGUACAUGAAUGUGAAGGAUCGAACAGAAUGGGCAGCAGACCGAGACGAUUCUUAUUCUGUGGUACGACAAGCGGAAGUGUACAGAUGUGGGAUUUAACAACGGCGCUGGAUCAGCAUAUGGCUGCACGCCAGUCAUCUCUUGCCAGCGCAUCGUCGACAAGUAGUAUGGACGCAAUGAAAACGUCAUCAAGCAGUGUAAAAUUGCCGCCAACUAUACUCCAGGGAUUGAACGGUCCAUCACCGCAAGAGCUUUUGCAGCUCAUUGAUGAGUGUGAAAUUUGCUGCAAUAGUAUGAGUCCUACACCUGCAUCAACCCCACAUUCAUCGCUACCACAUCUUCCAAGUCUUUAA